AUUCAUUGAUCAUCUUGUAUUUGUAUUUUUGUGACAGCAUUCUUGGCAACUUUCUCGAAUGGCGACACGACGUGUGUUGCAUAUUACGGGUAUCGCGGUUGUCCUGUUCAGCGAGCGCUUAUACUUGCUGCCUGUAAUACUAACGUCACAUCUCCUAUGACAUGAAGACCACCUCGCUGCACUGUAAAACGUUUGCCUGCGAGAUGUCCCGCUCCAUCGUUGCUACACACAGCCGCUCGCACACCGGAACUCUCUUGUGCCGACAUGCCACCGCAGUCUUAUUGAUGCUAUUAGUUGGUGCAGUACACGGCAGAAUGAUGCAGCCAGAGCCCUGGGGAAGACCUGAGCCCUGGUCACCCCAAGACCCACCAGCCGUGUCGCAGGUCGUGUCGCGCUCUAUGAGGAUGGUGCCUCCCGGCUGCCCUGCCUCCCCCGUGGCCUUUUUGCAAAAGACACACAAGGUCACGCGGCGCUUCCUGGACAGUGCCGUGCGAGCGCAGCUGCAGGUGCAGGGCCGCUGCGGCGGCUACCACCGCGUGUUGUACAUGGUGACUUCAGAGCACUUGCUCUCAAACUCUAACUCGAGCAGGGCCCAAAAGGUGGAGGCAGACCUUGCGGCGCUGCAGGAGGCUCUGGGGGAGGACGGCGUCAUUGCCAUUGGGCCGCAAGACUUCUCCUCCACAUUCGGCUUCGAAUGGGGCAAGUUCCCACUGCCCGGCAAUUUCACCUGGAACCAUUGUGACGCGCCAGAGCUUGUGUGGUAUGACUUGUUCCGAAACAACCUGGGGCCAGACGCCAGGCACGUGUGGGUGGCGGAAUACGAUGUGGGGUGGACGGGCGACAUCGCGAGCGUGUUCGCGUCCUUUCCGGAGCGUCCCGACUUUGUGUGCAGCACGGACUGGAAGCAGGACGGCAUCGCCAUCGGACCGGAAUGGUCCAACUUCCCGCUGCGCACGUGGCUGAAGGGCGAUGAGGUGAAGCAGUGCUUCAUCAUGUUGGCCCGCUACAGCCUGAGGUACAUGCAGGCUUUCCUGCAGGAGACGCGGAUGGGCCACCUGCAGUUCUGUGAGAUGUCAGGCGCCGCAAUCUGCUCGAAGCACGGAACAUGGUGCUCCAUUCGUACCUUCGACCAGUACAGCGAGGUCGUGGGGCGGGACAGUCGUGGCACGUCUAUGUUCCGCUUCGACACACACAUCAGCAGAGGCGAGUGGGAGAAGCUGGCGGCUGCGGACGCGGCGGAGCGGGCCAAGAAGCACGGGGCCCCAGCAGCCUUGCCACCGUCUGGGGGCACGGCGGAGGCAACGGCCGUGGAUGGCCAGCGGGAUGGUGGUGCACAUGGGAAAGCGCAGCCAGCAGGCCCUGCUGUGACAGGUCGCAUUUACCACGCGCUCAAGUGGUAGCAUGCUAUUACUGUGCAGUGCGCCAGGCACAAGCGUGUGUUGCACUGCCAUUACUAGGUUUGGCACUUGAGCAGCGGUCUCUAUUGUUACAGUUAGGAUGGAGGUGGUAGUGCACGCAUAACUGUGCGCAAUGUGUGGACUGCGGUUAUUUAACCAUCACGGGGGCGCGUCAUGAACAUGUCGUGUGGACAGCCAGAGGUUCAGCUCCGGGUGCAUUAUCGCUUCACGUGCGCGCCCCAGUGGCAUGCAUGCGUGCGUGCAUGCCACGGGCAUGUGUUGCGCGUGCACUGGUUGCGGCAGUGGCAUGCACGCACGCACAAAAUGUGCUUGCGGGUUUCGUGCACCGCUGUGCGGAGGCAGUAUGAGCGGAACUAAGAAAUUGUGCUUGUACCGGUACAGGCUUCCUACUUGAGCCUGUGAGUGAUCGAUGAAUAGCUACUUGCUGGGGUCCGGGCCACAGACCGUAAGAGAAGGAGAAGGAAGGGAGGCGGAUGCGGGCGGACGGACAGCGUGGAGAGAGCGGCAAGCGCCGCUAGGGACAAGGUGUCCCUGGAAGAGUGGAAGCGUGAUCCAUU